AUGGAGGAGAGUGAAAGUAGAGGUCUUGACUUUAGAUCUAUUGCUCAAUCUGCUGCUCUUUUGGCAGAAUUGCUGAAAAUUACGGUUCUGGAUAUUCCAUCUCCAUUGAUUUGGAAUCUGUCUGGAGUGUUUGAGCACAUCAAAAGUGAUGCUGGAAUAAAUCAGCAGAUGUCCUGGAAUAAUACACAAACUUCUGCUCAAAAUCAACUAUCAGAUUAUAUGAUGUCGAGUAAUGCAGAUGUUGCAUAUCUUGGACAUGCUAGCCAUGAGGAGCAGGCCUUAAGUGGGUGGAAUGUGGGUGAAACUAGUUCCAGUUGUGCACAAAAUCAGUCUGAACUGAAUGAGAGGAAAACAGAAGAUGGCUGGCCGUCAUUUAUGAGCUUUCACUCUGGAGCUGCUCACACCUUGGACGAUGGACACUAUGAAUCAUCUGAUAUUCUCUUAUUGGAUAAUGUUGACGUAAACUCAAAUAACAAUCAGACAACAGAUGGGUCACUUCUGUUGCAGAAUUCUAGUUAUGACAUCCGUAAUAGUGAUCUUAACAUGGGUUCUGGGUUCGCGGACGAGGAAGAUGAUGACUGCCAGGUAGUGGAGCGUCCGAAUACAUUCAAAUCAGAUGGAUCUUCAAAUGGGCAGAUGCCCUUUGCCAGUAGUUCCUCUGAUCCUUUUGGGGUUUCCUCUGGUAGUGGUAAAUAUUUGAUGGAGGAAAGCGAUGGCAGGCCAGGUUGUUCUUUGGAUGGUCGACGCUUAUCGUGCAAAAGAAAAGCCUUUGAAGGAAAUGUGGGACAGUCUUCUGGAACUGGAAGUUCAACGUAUUUCCAGCAUGCUGAAAGAAGUCUAUGGCAUGCUGUGCCGGCUACACAGGCUGCCAUGAGCAGCAUAAGUAUGUCAGCACCAAUUGAUGAUAUUAUUGCCAUUGAUGUGUCAGAUCAGGAUUUUCUAAUGGAGAGAGAUAUUGAGAGAGAUCGAGAAUUGUCCACAAACCCAAGACUGGGGCUUCAUGUUGGAGGAUCUGCUUCUACAAGUCCUCUGACUCUGAAUGCUUCUGGGACUGCCGAAAGUUCCAGACAAAAUUUCUGCUUGCAGAUAAAUGACUCAAACCAACAAGAUUCUAUACCUGGUAAUCUGUUUUCAACGGAAGCUAAUGUUGGGAACACAAGUUUUCCAUCUUCCCAACAUUCAUCAAGAAUACGUCUUCGUAAUCAUUUCUUUGAGUCAAGGCCAGUAUCUACAGAAGAAAAUGAAGGUUUUCAUGUAUCAUCUGGUUUGCACAUUCCUUCUCUUCGCCGGAGUCGACAGUCUAGGUGGAACGAAACAUCUAGCUCAAGAGCCAGUAGUUCAUCAGCUUCUGCCAUUUCUGGGGAGAGGGAUGCUGUGCUUUAUGAAGAAACUACCACAAGAAGUGUGCCAAGAAACAUUUCAGAACAUCCCGUGUUUGCUUCUGCUUCUGAGAUGAGAAAUUCAUCACAAAAUCCUCUAAUGCGUUCAACUGGUGGUAAUAUCAAUCUGGCUGGAAAUGUUGCAUCUUCUUCUCGUGCAGGCUCUACUUCCGGAGUCAACUCAUCUACACCUAAUUGGUCCCAUCGAGGUUCUCCACAAUAUCCUCGAAGACUGUCAGAAAUUGUUCGAAGAUCUUUGCUGACCUCGGCAGGUACCGAGUCUGGAAGUCAGACCAGCAAUCGCGCUCUGCUGCAUUCUGCUGCUUCCCAGGAGUUGGCAAUUUCGUCUGCAUCUGAUAAUCAUGAGCAUCAUUUGCCAAAUUCAAGGUCAGCCAUGUUGGAGAGACAUCUUGAUGGAGCUUUUGGAGUACCUUAUUCACUGCGAACUUUGGCUGCUUCCAGUGAAGGAAGAAACAGUAGGCUAGCAUCUGAGAUUCGCAAUGUCUUAGAUCUCAUGCGAAGAGGAGAGGGCCUAAGAUUUGAGGAUGUUAUGAUCCUCGAUCAGUCAGUGCUUUUUGGAAUGGCUGAUAUUCAUGAUAGACAUCGGGAUAUGCGUCUAGAUGUAGAUAACAUGUCUUAUGAGGAGUUGUUGGCUUUGGAGGAGCGCAUCGGAAAUGUGUGCACAGGACUGAGUGAAGAAACCAUUAUAAGCCGUUUGAAGCAAAUGAAAUAUCAAGACCUAAAAAUAGAAGGUCAAGUAGAGACUGAGCCUUGCUGUAUAUGUCAGGAAGAAUAUAAAGAUGGAGAAGAUCUUGGAACAUUGGAGUGCAAGCAUGACUUUCACGUAGAAUGUCUGGCUCUGAUUCCACUAGUUAAAUUGUUCUCAAGUCGUCGAUGGAUGUUACCCUUUGAGGCAUAUUCAGUUUAUUUAUGCAUGGCUAGUCUGGUCAACAAGUUUGAAGAGAAUCUCAGAGUGUAUCAUGGGGAGGAGAGGCAGCGUUGUCAACUUCUGCUACCGAUGACAGGUGAGGAUUUUAUUGGAGUUAAGGUGGUUAUUAGGAACAGUGACAAGGUGGUCGUGGGUGCUUUGGUGAAGGGGUGA